AUGAGACACCUUUUCGGAACAUGGAAAGGAGUGUUUUCUCCAGCUUCACUGCAAAUGAUUGAGAAGGAGCUUGGUUUUCAAUCAUCUGCUAAUGGAUCAUCAGGUGCUGCACCAUCGAAGGCCGAUUCGCCAUCCCAGCGCCCGUCCCACAGCAUACAUGUAAACCCAAAAUAUUUGGAAGCAAGACAGCAGCUCCAACAACCAAAUAAGGGGAUUCUGGGAGCCGGUGCCAAGACACCUAUAAUUUCUGAUGCUGAUGAUGUUAUCGAAAGGGGUAAUAGGAUUGGUAUUGAUAAAGGCACAGGGAGACGCCUGGAUACUCUGAACUCUAGGCCUCGUGCUCAGAAGGUUACUUUUAGCAACCCCAUUCAUGAAAAGCCAGAGAGAGAUGCGAGGGGCCCUGGAAUUGCGGGAGCUGGUCAAGUUCGCUCAAAGCCCAAAGGCCAAGAUGGAAUUGUGGGGGCAUAUUACACUGGAGGUGUUAGUUCCCCUGAAGAAAUAUUUGACAGACGCAACCAUUUGUAUGCAACCAAGGAUGCUCGCUCUUCUGGCUCUGUACGUUUGGACAGUGCACUUCUCCCAACUCCUGUCAGUAAUUCUGAUAGGAUUGGUAGACUGUCAUCAUCUGAUAAAAGCUGGAAGAACUCUGAGGAAGAAGAGUACAUCUGGGACGACAUACCUUCUCAAGGAGCAGAUUAUGGAGGUGCCAGUUCUGCAAGAAAAGGAGAACCCUUGGCUGAUGACGGCAAUAUUAGAAGCUUCCAUAGGGCUAAUUGGGCAGAGCCUGGAGACCCGUUGGACCCUGACUUCCACAAACAAGAUACCAUCCCAAGAUUUGGACAUCCAACAAGCCAAGAUAGAAGACUUGCACCGUACAUGGAUCAUGCAGAGUAUCUUCAUAGUAAGCGUGAUGGGGAUCCAAGAAUUGAUAGGGAAAUGUGGCCUGAAGGACAACCGUUCCCGGAAUCUCGUGGCUCCUCUGUAUGGUUAUCCCAGGAAAAACUUCGACCAGACAUUGGGCGGGAUCCCAGGAUAUCAAGGUUUUCUAAUCAGUCACCAAGCAUCACUUCAUCUGUACCUGUUGGAUUAUCAGGGGCCUACGCUGGACGAUCAAGCCUUGAAAGUGCAAAACAAAAAUAUUGGCCGCCUUCCUCGCCUCCUCUCCAGGCCCGUGAGAGCUCCCCAAGUUCCCCGGAGCAUGACAUUUAUGCUUCCAGACCAUUUCUGCCACCCCAGGAAGAGCAUAACCAAAGGACUCAUGCCUUGUCUCAAAAUUCCGUGAAUUCUCAGGGUCGGCCUAGUCUGCAAGCAACUCUGUCACAGGCUUCUCAGCAGUCUCAAAAGCACCCUCCUGUGCAGUCAAAGCCACAUCCGAAGCCAUUUCAUCAACCCUUUCCACAAGAAAAUUCUUCAUCGCUGUUUAGACCGUCUGUCCAUCUGCCUCUGUCUACCGGAAUAGAAGAGCAGCCUGAAGAGGUGUCCUUGCCCAGUGGUCCCGCACAUGCAAAGUCAGAUCAGAUAAGUGCUAGUAAUUUGUUGGCUGGUCUUUUUAAGGGUGGAUUCAUACCAAACACAAGUGAUCAUGCUGUCCCACAUUCACAUGGGUUGGCAUCUCUUCCAUCUUCCUCAGCCAGCGAAAAUGCCCCUUUGAAGCCUCAUGCACCGAACUCUCUCCGCCCACCUUUGCCGCCAGGUCCGCCACCAACACAGAGUGCUGAGAAAGCUGCUGCACCACUGUCAAGCCUUCUCAGUUCUCUGGUUGCAAAGGGGCUAAUUUCUUCACCGUCCACCGAUUCGUCUGCUGGUGCAAGGAACCCCGGUAAAUCAAGUCCGAGCACAUCAGAUGUCAGCGCUUCAGCUCCACCUCCGCCAGUCGUCCAGCCUUCAGUUGCUAAGGAGACACCUGCCCCUACAAAAGCUUUGUUGCCCAAACCUCCUGAAGUGGAGAUGGCUGACCUAAUUGGCCUUGAGUUCAAGCCAGUGGUGCUUCGCGAGCACCGUACAGAGGUGGUCAACAGACUCUUUGAUGACCAAAGCCAUCAAUGCAGAACAUGUGGUUUAAGAUUCAGACUUGAAGAUGAGCUCAGUGCACACACUGCCUGCAAUGGACCAGAGGAGGCUAGAAAUGCCGGCAUCGCACCUGAAAGAUGGUACCCUAGCAAGAGCCGUUGGAUCGACAGAUUACCUGAACCGCAGAGCAUCUUCCUGGACUCUGCAUCUGAUAAAGACCUGGGAACCGCAGAGGAAGUUUGUGAGUUUAUGGUCCCUGCAGAUGAGAGCCAGAUUAUCUGCUGUCUUUGUGGGGAGCAGUUUGAUGACAUGUAUUCCGUCGAUAGGAGCGAGUGGAUGUACAAGGAUGCUGUGUAUUAUGAUCGCUCAAAGGCCGAAGGUGGCAGCUCCCAGAGUAAAGAGCUGGCACCCAUUGUCCAUGCAAGAUGUAUGCCGGGAAUCUCAAAUGAUGGCAUGGAGGUGGAUUAG